AAAGAUUGAAAAACUCCUCAUUUCAACCAAUUACAUGAUCAGAGCCUCGGAGAGCUGGAGCCAGCUGCCAGCUGACCACAAGCCCCACUAAUCAUUCAACUAAUAAUUUAAACCCUCAAAGACACGCAAAAUCCAUACACCCAACGGUUGUUCUAGCUCAAAUCUCGAAAUCCAAUAAUUCCACUUUCUCUCCUUUAAAUACCCCUCUCUCUCGCUUCUCCUCCAAUCAAACCAAAAUCCUCUCUUUCUAGAGUCUCUCUACCCACUUCUUCUUCUCUGGAACCCCUCUAAAAUCUAGAAAAUGGAGCCAAAUCCACCAGUGAAAAUGGAACCAAAUCUACCAGGGAUUGCUAAGAGAUUAUGGGGCAUAGUACGUGUGAUGUUCUUCAUGCUCAGAAAAGGCAUUUCAAAGAGAAAGCUGCUGCUCGAUCUCAACAUGAUGAUGAAGCGCGGCAAGAUCGCCGGAAAAGCCAUCGGGAACCUCAUGUUCCACCACCACAGCUCCUCCGCCGCCCGCCGCUCUGCUGACGGCCACAUCUCCUUCGCUGCACCACGUGAGUACGAGUUCAGCUGCAGCAACAGCCCCGCGUAUCCUUACCACUUUCCCUUCAACUUCAACAAAAGAAAACACAACCACCACAACAUCUUUUCUUGUGUUUUCCAAACGCCGCCAACCUCCGACGAUGACUUCACCACAGUGAACGCCGUCAAGGCGGUGCUGGAGAUGCUGAACAGCGAGGUGGCGUCUCCGGCGCUUCCGGGGUUCGGCCGGAGCCCCAUGGUGCGGCAGCUGAGGAUAACGGACUCACCGUUCCCACUGAAGGACAUCGACGAGGACAGCGAAGUGGACAAGGCAGCUGAGGAGUUUAUCGAGAGGUUCUAUAAUGACUUGAAGAAGCAAAAGAUGGAUGGAAGUUUGUCACGUUGAAUUUUCCGGCCAUCCUGGCCCGAUUCCGGCGGCAUUUAGAAGCUUAUUGUUGUUGUUCAUACCAAAAAUUUUAAAAAAAUUGCACGAGUUUUGCUGUGUACUUGAAAAAGCUUGUAAGGGUUGACAGUUGUGCAUACAACCAAGAGUUUAAAUGCAGAAUUUGUGUUAAUGCAAGUCUCCAUUUUCAAUA